AUCCACCCCACACACACAACUGUUUCCUUUUCGCCCCAACUCCAUCGGCGGGCACAUCCAGAGGUGACCGGUCAUACGUGUGCUCAUCUAUUCCUGGACGAUGGGGCCUUGUUUCCUCCUUGGCCCCCCCGUAACGUCGACAGCCGAAGCAGUAAAGGCCUGUCAGCCUCACCCCCAGCGAGCACUCGCGCACAAGCAUCGGCUUGCCUGUCAGCACAUCGAGUCCACGCCUUGUUCAGUGCCAGUUCCACCUUCCGCGCCAGUCCACACAUGCUCGAUGGUGCAGAAAUGUAUGUCACAACACGUCGCUGUAGGCGACGAUACGCAUCCAAUGUUCCUAUGCCGUGUCAUGCGGCCCGCUGGCCUGCGGUCAGCAGCGCUCUGCAAGGGACACGAACCCACACCGAUGCCGUAUCAAUUAAUGGUAAAUGCUGGUCGCCUCCUCUGCUGCGUUGCCCUGUAUGGGCGCAGAUCUGCCACGCGUGAUCGGCGGAUGGCUUCGAACCUUCCAUGAUCUGAGAUCAGCGCCGCCGGCUGCCGGCAAC